CGACUYGUCCGAAACUGACUCGAUACAAUUAUGGACGAAAACAGCCAUCCAAGCCAAGAGAAUGAACUUAUUGAAGAAGACAUACCAGGAUGUCAGCUUAAUUUUUCAGAACUUGCAUCCUAUCGAGUUGAACAACUUAAGUUCUGGCUUUCUUGUCGUGGUGACUCAUUGAAGAAUCUCCCUACAAAAGCUGCUUGUAUACAAAGGAUUAAUAACUACGUAAAAAAUGGUCUAAAAGAUAAGAUCACUGACCCCACUCCACUUAACAUUUACUCGAAGACCAAAAGUUUAAAGAGGGAUCACAAUCCUGAGACAAGUCACGAUAAUUUAGUUUCUUCUCCAUCUUCUGAUGCUCAGUACAUGAAAGGAAAUUAUUGGAUGACUAAUAGUAAACAACUGCAAUGGUCUAAAUCUCUGCAACAUGCACCAAUUUUCACUAUAAAAGAGAAUAAAAGAAAUUUUUCAGCUCAUCUGGAAAAACAGGAAAGACCCAGAAAAGAGCCGAAAAUCUGUUAUUUGAUAACUUUCUGGACAGUGAUGAAUGUGGUCAUGACAUCGAAUACUUUUACAUUAGAGCUGUAUGCAGUGCAUCAUACACAAAAUCCCAGUUUCACAAAUUAA